GGCUGGCGUCUUCGACGUUGCCACUGAGGACGCUUUGAACCCUGCCCGGGGCGGGGGCCCAGUGCGCGUCCAUGGCUGCCCACCAAGGGGGGACCACCCCUCCCCUGCGGGUUCUGGAAGAAGCACUGGGCUUGACGGCUGCCGGGGACGUCGAGGACGCGGUGGCCGCAGAGGGUACCUACUACCUGGAGCAGGUCACCAUAACCGAAGCAUCUGAAGAUGAUGAUUUUGAAUAUGAAGAGAUACCAGAUGACAAUUUUAGCAUUCCAGAAGGUGAAGAAGAUCUGACAAAAGCAAUGCAGAUGUUUCAAGAACAGGUUACAGAUAGUCAAAUUUUGGAGCAGAAAACAGUCCUUCCUUCAAAGCGUGAAGUCCCUGAAGUAAUAGAAGACUUUCUCUGCAACUUUCUGAUCAAGAUGGGAAUGACCAGAACUCUUGAUUGCUUUCAGUCUGAAUGGUACGAAUUAAUACAGAAGGGUGUAACUGAAGUUAGCGGUGGUGAGAAAGUCCCAGAUGUGUACACCCAGAAUAUGCUUUUAGAAAAUGAAAACAAAAAUUUGAAGAAAGACUUGAAGCACUACAAACAGGCAGCUGACAAGGCUAGAGAAGAUCUGCUUAAAACUCAGAAAGAACGAGAUUUUCAUCGAAUGCAUCACAAGCGAAUAGUCCAAGAAAGAAACAAACUAAUUAAUGAUCUUAAAGGGUUGAAGUUACAUUAUGCAUCUUAUGAACCAACUCUAAGGGUGUUACUUGAGAAGCAUCAAACUUUACUGAAGCAGAAAAUGAUGGCCUCCUUGGAAAGAGACAAAGCGACCAAGAAGAGUCCUGGACCUGAAACAAAAUUAAAGCAUAUGGAACCAGGGCAUAGUUACCAAGCUUCUAAAAUUAGAGUUGUUUCUGGCUCUGAAAAGGACUGUGAACCAGAAGGUCCUACUCAGAAAGGUCUUCGUGAAGCCAGGGAACAAACCAAAUGUAAGACAAAGAUGAAGAAUAAUACAAAGGAUACAGAAUUUCCUACAGAUAUGCAACCAAAUCCAAAUCUUUAUUCACGUAAAGAAAAUAAUUUUCCAGAAAAACUUGGCUACAGGCUGAAGACCAUAUUUAAACUUCAUGAACUUCCAGUGAGCUGCAUCAUUAUGCACCCCCAAAAAGACGUCCUAAUCUCCUGUAGUGAGGACCGCCUCUGGAAGGCACUGGAGAUCUCCAAAGCCAAAGUGCUCGUCACAGGAACUGGCCACACCGACUGGCUUUCCAACUGCUGCUUGCAUCCCAGUGGCAACAAGCUGGCUACAUCCAGCGGCGACACUACAGUUAAACUGUGGGACCUGUCCAAAGGCAGAUGCAUUUUGACCUUCGAGGGGCACAAGCACGCAGUGUGGUCCUGCACGUGGCAUUCCUGUGGUGACUUUGUGGCUUCUUCUUCCCUGGAUACCACCAGUAAAAUCUGGGAUGUUAAUAGUGAAAGAUGCAGGUGCACUCUUUAUGGACACACGGACUCUGUGAACAGCAUUGAGUUCUUCCUUUGCUCCAACACUCUCCUCACAGGCUCUGCAGAUAAGUCCCUGUCUAUCUGGGAUGCGAGAACGGGUCAAUGUGAGCAGUCACUUUACGGUCACAUGCAUUCCAUCAAUGACGCCACCUUUAAUCCCAGGGAUCACAUUAUAGCAUCCUGUGAUUCCUGUGGAGUUAUAAAACUGUGGGACUUCCGCAAACUCUUACCGAUUGUGUCCAUUGAUGUAGGUCCGAGUUCUGGCAAUCGAGUAAACUUUGAUUCAUCAGGUCAAUUAUUAGCUCAGGCAAGUGACAGUGGGGUCGUUCAUUUGCUGGACCUUAAAUCAGGGCAGAUUCACAAGUUGAUGGGCCAUGAGGAUGAAGUUCAUGCCGUCGUGUUUUCUCAGGAUGCAGAGAGCCUGUUCUCUGGAGGCUCCGAGGGCACCGUUCGAAUGUGGUCUUGA